AUGAAGAUUCUCUCAUUCUGCCUUCUUCUGGCUCUUUUUGAAGUCAUUGCCUCUGCAUGGCCACUUGAUCAGUCCAUUCCCUACGAUAGGACUGUGGUGCAAAAAUGGGCCGUAUCUGCUUCGAUCCCCACUCCAAAUGAGGGUAACACGUCUACCCUCCAUACCCGUCAAGAUGGAGGGUACUGGUACGAGUCUGCAAGCCAUGGUAUCUCGGCCUUUGGAGAUUCCAGCUAUCAAGUCUUCCGCAACGUGAAGGACUACGGAGCCGUAGGAGACGGUGUGACCGAUGAUACCGAGGCAAUCAACCGCGCCAUCACAGAUGGCAAUCGAUGCGGAGAGACUUGUGGUUCUUCAACCACCACUCCGGCCGUUGUCUACUUUCCGUCAGGUACAUACCUUGUUUCGGCACCGUUGAUUCAGUAUUAUUAUACGCAGUUUGUGGGGAAUCCUAACGCGUUGCCCACUCUAAAGGCGGCACCUAGCUUUGCUGGUAUCGGUGUCAUCUCGGCCAACACCUACAUUCCUGGUGAAUCUGGUGCUGAGUGGUAUGUACCUCAGAGCAACUUUUAUCGCCAAGUGCGCAAUUUUAUCAUCGAUAUUUCAGGCUGUCCGACGGUUACUCCAGAUGGAUUUGCCCCCACGGGUAUUCACUGGCAAGUGGGCCAGGCUACGAGCAUUGAAAACAUUCAGUUUGUCAUGAGCCAGGCUGAUGGUACUACCCACGUUGGAAUCUUCAUGGAGAACGGAUCGGGUGGCUACCUUGGAGACCUGACCUUUACCGGAGGCGCCAUUGGCAUGUGGUGUGGAAGCCAGCAGUUCACAUCGCGUAAUCUCAAAUUUCGAAAUUGCAUCCAGGCGAUUGAGAUGAUCUGGGAUUGGGGGUGGACGUGGCAUGGUCUGGACAUUCUUCUCUGCCAGAUUGGAAUCAACGUCACGGCGCUUAGCAGCGCGAGUGCAGAGCACAAUCAAGGUGUAGCCGCGAUUGCGGUCCUUGACUCUGUUUUUACCAAUGUGCCAAUUGCUGUCUUGACGGCUGGUAAGACAAACAUUAUGAUGGAAAACGUGCAAAUGAACAAUGCUCCAAUUGCCGUUGGCUUUUCAGGCGGUCCUACGGUUCUUCAAGGUGGAGAUGUCCUCAUUGACAACUAUGGGAAUGGAAACAAUUUCAUCCAAAACGGACAAACGUUGAGUGAGACGUUUUUGAACGGCGCAUUCUCACCUUCUGCGAAGGCUACAGCAUCAUCGUCGCUGCGGUCAUCCAAUGGCUGGUUUGCUAGGUCUAAACCUCAGUAUCAAACCGUGGGUAUCGGUGGUUUUGUCGAUAUCAGAGCAGCCGGUGCCGCUGGUAAUGGCCGGACCGACGACACUGCUGUGAUCAACAGUGUUCUUUCAUCUGCUGGGGGCUCAAUUGUCUACUUCCCGCACGGCACGUAUAUGGUUUCAGACACCAUCUCGGUUCCUCCAGGGACAAAGAUUGUCGGUGAAGUGUGGAGUGAAAUUAUGGGAUUCGGAGACAAAUUUUCGGAUAUAUCGAAUCCAAGAGUGAUGAUCCGAGUAGGAACGGCAGGCCAAACGGGAGAUGUGGAAAUAUCAGACAUGCUCUUCACUGUGCAAGGAGCUACGGCGGGUGCCAUUCUGAUGGAGUGGAAUCUAGCACAGGCUUCUCAGGGUUCUGCUGGCAUGUGGGAUGCCCACUUCCGCGUUGGAGGCGCCGAGGGCAGUGAUUUACAGUAUGCGGAUUGUCCAUGGACCCAGGUCGAGGCAGACAACAACUGUAUUGCUGCCACCACAUUGUUCCACAUCACCUCCUCGGCAUCCUUAUAUUUGGAAAAUGUCUGGGUCUGGACCGCAGAUCAUGACCUAGACAUCCCGUCGCAGGACCAAGUUUCCGUGUACACUGCACGGUGUCUCUUAAUUGAAUCUCAGGGUCCUGUGUGGCUCUGGGGUACUGGGUCGGAGCAUUGUACGCUUUAUCAAUAUCGUUUCUAUCACGCGCAGAACAUUUUCGCCGCAACUCUGCAGACGGAGACUCCAUACUAUCAGCCAAGCCCCAAGGCGCCCGCUCCGUUCACUGGUGCGUAUGCUUUGCCUGACGAUCCCACCUUCACCUAUUGCAGCCCGGACUCUUCAACCUGUGCCUAUGCCUGGGGUCUAGAGAUCAUUGGCUCGUCUAAUGUCAUGAUCUAUGGGGCUGGCUUUUACAGCUGGUUCCAAUGGUACUCGCAGGCAUGUCUAAGCCUCGAGGCCUGCCAGGAGCGUAUUUCCCGUGUCGUUAACAGCAACAACAUCUUCAUUGUUAAUCUGUACACGAAGGGAGUGUAUUCGAUGAUCCAAGGUAGCAGCAGUGCUGAUGUCUUAGCCUUGGAGAAUAUGGACGGAUUUCUAGGCACCAUUGUGGGCUGGACUGGACUGGACACUACCGGAUCGCUGGACCCUCCCUCCUCAAUUAUCCCUCUGCCUCCAUGGAUCUGGAGUGUUCCAAGUCCAACGGUAUCAUGCAAUAUUCCCUGCGUCAUUCAGCCACCACCCACUCCUAUCAGACCAAUUCGACCUCCGCCGUAUACAACGACAAUAUCCGGCUCGCAGGUGGUUGUUACGCCACCUGUGAUAGAAACCCCCGGUUUGUCGGUGCAGCCUAUUAGCAUCGUUGUGCCCACGGGCCAGACGGUGACGCCCAUCAUCGUUCCCAGCCCUAGUAUCACCGUCCCUCUUAUAGUCCCAACUGAUGGGAAUUGGCCGGGAGGGGCACCGCCGAUUCAACCUCCCCCAAUCCCCAUGCCAAUUCCGCCUGCCGUGAUCCCCAACUGCAUGCAGUUCUGCUCUGAUGCUGACUGGCCGCCGAUCUUACCCCCAAUCGUCGUUGUUCCAGGCCCUCCACUUCCCGUUGGAGCUCCCCCGCCAGUCGGCGUCAUCCCUCCGCCAGCUGGAGAUGAUGACGCAGGGGAUGAAGAAGAAAACGAAAGUGACUGUGGUAUUCCAUUCGCGACAUCUCUAACUGAUUGGCCAAGCUCUGGCGAUGUACCAAGUUGGGGCCAGGAAACCGGUGAAACCGGAGGAACGUGCCAGUGGGCCGGUACCAUUCAGAGCUAUUCGAACACCUGGACCAUCGCCAUCCCUUCGGGAAAGACGUCUGUUAACAUUGAUCUUUAUAAUCUGCUCGGAUUUGGUAGCUAUGGGUAUAACUUGGAUGGAGCAACCAUGCAGGCCUACUCUGUGUCGGCGACAGGAUGGAGCGUUUCGAUGUCACCCUCGAGCUCUAAACCUACUAGCUCGGGUUCCUUUGUUGAUUUCGACAUCCCGACAAAUCCGUUGCCAACGAGUAUCGACAUGACAGCAAGUGUGCCGGCAGGAACCUCUUCCAUCAAUCUUCACAUUGAGAUUCGGGCCAGUCAAGCCUGCGGUGGAAACCCCAUUCCUGACCCAGCAGGCUCAAGCUCAGGCUCGGGUUCAGGUUCGGGGUCCGGUUCAUCGUCCAUCUCGCCCAUCUUCCCGCAGAAUAUCAAUGGGGAGAUCACCUGUGAGUCCGAUAGCACAGCUGGUGUCAGCAAAAUGACGGACUGCAUGUUCUCCUACAACAGCGGCAUCGUCCAAGGUCAACCCCUUACAGAGGGAAUAACAAUCACUACCAACAAUCCAUCGUCUAGUUGCAUCCGUAGCGGAACGACUAAGAACAGCGAAGGCGUCAUUACCAAUAAUUGGUGUCUGGUCUACCAGUUUAAUGGCUGCGCAUUCGUGCUUUCAGAUAAGUCCGAGCUCUUCGGGAGUUCGUUCCCCGGUUGGUCAGUCAUUUCGGGACAGGUGAUGCGUAAUUUUGCCAUUACGGCAGCGAAUCAAUGCGCUGGGAGUGGUAAGACUGCCAUUGCUGCUGGGCCUUUCCAGCCAUUUGGGGUAAUCGCCCAGUCUCUUUGUUUGACCUCACCGGAUCAUCCUGAGAUUUGUGGUGUUCCGUGA